AGGUUGCGUUAAAACUUUUGCCCAAAAGUUAUCCGUCUUCAUUUGCGAUACUUCUAAUUUGAAACUUUACCGAGUUUUUUUUUAUUGGAUUGCCGUGUUUUAGGACACGGCAGUGAAUAUACUGCCGUGUACCGUGUUUUGUUGCGAAACAGACAGAAAUUGCCGUGUUACACGGCGUACGUCGGCGCUUAAACUAUUAGCUACUGCUUUUCAGGUGGGUCAUUCCAAGCAAAGUACAAGCUUGCAGUUUUGUUGGAAGGGAUAUAUUCGCAAUCGCGCACGACAUUUACAUAAUAUUCUUCAAUCUAAAAAAUAAUUCUGAACUUGUUUAUGUCGCAAACAAUGAAAAAACUGGCGAUGGAAUUGAUGUCAUUUCAGGUUACAAGACGAAUAUACUUGCGUUUUCCGAAAAAGUCAACAACGGUCGAAUUUUCAUAAUGAAUUACCCCUCUUUCUCAAUCGUUGCCGAGUUGAGAGAUAUGGCUGUGAACCGGUACAAGGGUCUUUGUAUGAUGGAGUGCGAGCUGGUGGCGGGAUUUAGCGGGUUCCCGAACUACCUGGUGACGGUGUGGAACUGGCGGACGCAACAGCAGCUCAUCUCUUGCGCCACCGGUGUCGUUGGUCGCAGACAAAUGUACAUGGCCAGUCGCACGCACAUGUUGUUGUGCGAGUGUUGGGGCGAGGGCCUGAUCGUGUGGGAGGUGGCGCAGUGUCACAAAAAGACGCUGAUACUGCGCCGAGCCAAGGAGGAGGUCAAGGGCUGGGACGUGGCUGAGCCGCCCCUGGUCGACGUCACCUGGAGCAACGAGGGGCAGCUCUAUGCAAUUGACCCGCAAGCUAACUUGUACGGCGUCUUGUCUGAUGGAAUAGGUAUGGUCACCAAUCUUGAAUGGUCGGACAAUCUGGAGGGCCCGAAUAAACCCCUUAUGUGUACCUUUGGCUGCGGUUUACUUAUUUAUGGACCCGACAAAGUAAUCAGGUCACUCAAAAAGGUCGAGCAUAAGUGGAAAAUUGUCUGGACGUUCAAGCCUUUGGAUGAGGUAAUGCGUCUGGUCGGAAAUGCGACUUGCGAUGCUGCUAUAGCCUUGACUAAAAUAGGGAUUGGCUACCGGCUGACUGGAGAAUCUGAGGAGAAAAUCGAAGUUAAAAUGCUCACCUUCAAACAAAGAAAUAUCACGAAGAUUCAAUUGAUUGCACCCGAUUACAAAUAUAUAGCGACCAUCAACGAUACGGGUGUGAUAUGUAUCUAUGAUGCUUGGAGCGCUAAUCUUGUAACCAUAAAAUACAUUGUUGGGGACGACAUCUCGUUUCAAGCGAGUCCGGUGGAGCCAUUGCUAGCCGUGUACGGUGUCAUGGGUACCAACUAUGGACUCAUGUUGGUGGUGUUGGAGGGUGGUGAGACUGAGGAAGUUUUCGAGGCUAUUGGCACUGACGAGGCCGAUGACGCUGGCGAGGCACCGCGGAAGGUUGUCAGCGAGGCAAUGCCAGUUGAGCCGCAGCUGCGCAAAGUUGCCUCAAUGUGCCUCACGCAUCAAAUCGUUUCACUGGUCACAUUUUCGCCAACCGGCCGAGAGUUGGUCGCUGCUGCCAUGUCAGCUGGACAUAUUUUUAUCAUGCAGAUAUCUAAUGACUACAAACUGACGCUGGUGCGGUACACGGAGCUGGGCCGCGGGCUGGCCGACUGCUUCCUGAUGAAGGUCGGCGAAGUCAUGCGCUGCUUCAGUCUCGUGAUCUUCUCCGACAAGUAUGCCAUCGGCGAGCGCAUAAUUUGUAUAAAUGCAGAGACAGGAAAGGAUAAUAAGUUUGCGGGGAAAAUGCAAGGGCCGUACGCGCGACUGCUGCCGCUCGCCACACCCGACACCAUGCUGGCAGUGCCACACCUGUCCACUAAGUACCACAUACUGCUGUUAAAGGGGGAGAAAGGCAUAACGGUCUCAGUGAAGAUGGGUCCCAUAGUGGAAUCCGGUCAUCAGCUGAAGCAGUUCAGCGCGUUUUACAACACCGGCGCGCUGCUAACUUUCGGAUACGACGGUGCCGUCAUAAUGCGCAAACCUGACGCUCCUGAGGAGUAUGAAUUAAAACUGUUGGUGACACAUCGCUACGAGAACGGCAUAACUCAAGCCGUGAUCGACACUGAGAACGAGUACGUGGUACACCUCGGCGGGAACAAGUCGGUGGCAUGCGCCUUCCUGCACGGCGGUCACCCGCGCCUCGCAUGCGAGCCGCGACACGCGCUGCGCCCGGAUCUAUUUGACGAGGGCCCGCGCACUAUGACCAUCAUCGGGGCUAACGAGAAAAACUAUCUCGAUCUGCAAGAGGAAAAGAAAGUGCGCGAAGAAGCGAUGGAUUACAAAAGCGCUCGUGAGGAAGUCCUGCGUUCGUUCGAGAGUGUCCGUAAGCGGCUUGUGCAGUUACUGGAGGAGAACAUAGCGGAGCGGCCUCUGCACCAGCUGUCACUAUCGGAGUUCAACCUGCACCAUGAGCACAGGAAGGAGCGACUCAAGCAGGCAGAACGAGAGCGCGAAGAGUUGCGUUUGCAGACUGAAUCCCGCAUCCGCGCGCAGGACAAAGUGACCGCCUGGAUCAAGGCCACAUGUUGGGACACCAUGCUCACUCCAAGAGUCAAGCUCUAUGCAAUUUUCAGUCAUUACCAGGUGGAGAACUACCCGGUGUUGCCGGAGCAGCGCGAACAGUGGCCGGAGCUGCAGAGCACGCUGGCGCUACGCGGCGUGGAGAUGGAAAACGACCACGACCUGUUCCGGCCCUGGGAGGAGCGUGGAGAUCGCACCUCCAAAGACACCAACCAUGAGUCGCGUAUGAUGAGCAUGGGCGAGUCCAACGUCUCGGUGAGGUCAGCAGUAGUGAGCGCGGGCAGCGCGGGCGCGGUGGCGGUGGCGGUGGCGAGCGCGGACAGCGAUCAGCCGCGCGGGCAGCCGCACGUGCUGGCGGGCUCCGACGCGCACCGCUACGUGGAUGUGCCCGCCGCCAUGCUGCAGCAGAUGCUCUCCUACAGCUACCUGCAGAUGCGCGGCCUGCAGCACCUGAUCAAGCUGAACGUGCAAAACAUGCGGCUAUGGUUCAAUAAGCAGUUCGACGAGCUUAUGAAUCAGAAGAAACGCGAAGUUGGCCUCGUGGAGGAGCGGAACAGCAGGCUUAGAUUUAUAAUCGACGAAUUGAACAAGUUGUCGGACUUGCGUGGCAGUUUCCACCACCUGGUGAUAAAAAUCCGAGAUCCAGAGUGGCGUCAGGAAGAGCAGCCAUACAAACUCAUCAAAGUUGAUCCAGAGGAGUGUAGCAUUGCGCCGUACAUAAGCCCGAGUCAGAUAGUGAUCGUGCCGCCGGACGCUGGGCCCAAGGACGACUUCCGCGAGCGCGCGCUCAUGGACAUGAUGGAUGGCGUGCUCGAGAAGCUGUGGCACGAGGAGAUCAAGAAACCGAUACCGCCACCGCAGUGUAUGCUUGAAAAAGACCCAGAGCAUUUCAAUGAGGACGACUUGCGGCUGGUAUUCGAAUAUGAGGCUAAGGUGCAAUUCAGAAACGAGGAGCGGGACAAGUAUCGCAAGAUGUUGCACGCUGAAUACGCUAAGCUGUCACAGGUCCUCAACGAGGGAGUGGUCAAGUUCAACCAGAAGGUAAAAGAAAUGUGGCUAAACAAAUUGCAAGUGGACUCCGUUAUCGGUCAAGAGAAUUUGAUUCUGAUGCGCCUACGUCGCACUAAUCUAGACCGGUUAGAAAUGGCUGAAAAACUUGAAGAUAUGAGAGCUGAGAUCGCCAAGUACGAGCGAGAAUCGGAGAAACUCAACCAGGAGCUGCAAGAAAUCCAAGGUCAGAGUGAAGAAUGCCAGGCCAACUACGACGCGCUGGCCGCCAAGGAUCGCCUGAUGGAACGCACCUUCAAGAAUCACUUCGCAGAUCUUUCACCCAUCAUCGUCGAUCAGUGCUACAAGUUCUUUAAAAAACGUCCAAAGUGGCAUCAGCGUGCGACGGUAACAGCAGCCGCGCUGCAUGAACUCGCUUCCAGCAUCUUGGCUGGACAGCGCGCGUUGAAUAUGCACCCAGACUGUGUAGAAUACUACAAAAGCGUUGAUCAAUUGGAUCUUAUCAGCAACAUGCCGCCAGUAAUGGACGAAGCGCUCUGGGCUACUAUGUGUCGUUUACGCCGUGCCAAAAUAGAAAACGAAAUACGCAUGCGAGCCUUAGUGCAGGAGAUGGCGUAUGUGGACAGCACGUGCGCGGGUUGGAACAAGGCCGUGCAGGCGCGCCGUCAGCAGCUCGCCGUCACGCAGGACCGGAUCCUGAGACACCGGGAGGCCGUGGAGCUCAAUUCCCGCAAUAAAACCAUACAGUUAGUUCUACCAGCUGGCCAGGUGGAGAUUCUCACGAGUGGUCACAUGGAAGACUUUGAAGACGCCACUCUCAUCCCACGAGAAGAGAUCCAGAAAAUCAACAACCUUAUUUUGAAAGUUGGUGAAAUGAAACUACGAAUGAUGCGAAAGCAGAUGGACUUCCGUAAAGGUAUCCUAUCAAAAGAAUGGGAGCACGCACAGAUGAAGAUGAAACUGCGACACAUGCAGGAGGAACUGAGCUCAUACCAGCGGCUUAAGGUCCUACUUCGUUCUUUGUUGAUAAAACAGCCUUGUACGCUAUUUGAAAAAAAAUGCCAAUGUGAUACAGGUCGCUUAAUACAGGCACCUAAGCAUGCGCAACAAUUUUACAUUCCUAUAAAAACGUCUACUGCCCGAGGUCAGAGUUUUAAUUUAGCUCAAACUAUUCAAAACAGCUAUUCAAAAUAAAAAUCAGAGGCCGUAUUAUCAACUGUUAACACCAGGCAAGUUCCAUUGUUCGAGUGAGACAUCACAUACGCACAAUAGAGCGACAUCCCACUUCAACCGCUGUUUUUGCCUGGCGUUAAGCGUUUAUAAUUCGGCCCCAGGACAGCGAAGUUGGUCCUAGAGAAGGUACCUGCAACAAAACAUCGUUUAGCUUUAAGCGUGAUAGUUUAUGGAUUGGUCAAUGAUUUGGUAAACAAAAUAGAAAUAUUAUAUAAGAUAAAAAUUAAAUAUCUUCACCACCAGAUUCCAAAAGAACUGCAACUCUAUCUGAAGAAUAAGGAAAUGGGGUACACGGAUGAAAUGGAUUACGUACGUCUGGAAAAGGAGAUGGAGUCCACCAAGGUGUCCGUCAACAAAGUGCUCACCGAACAAAUACGUAGAGUGGAAGAACUGGAGGUGAAAGUGAACGCAGCGACGUCGAAGACAGCGGAGCUCGAGAAGCUGAUCACGUCGCUGAAUGUGAAGGUGUCGGAAAAGCGUCUCAACGAGGACCCACUCGAGCCGAUACGUGUCAGACGCGUCUUCAAACGCAGAAUGGAGACGCUGGUGAUGCGCAGUCGGCUGAUCCGCGAGGUGCAGGCCAACCACACCACCGUGGUGCUGCUGCAGACGGAGCUCGAGCUGCUGCGCCUGCGCACAUACCCUACGCUCGCCAGCUUCCGCACGCUGGCCGACUAGUCUGUAUUAUAGCACAGUGGGACCAAGAUCUUCCGCACGCUGGCCGACUAGUCUGUAUUAUAGCACAGUGGGACCAAGAUCUUGUGGCCAUUAGAUGAUAUUGGCGCUGCUGGUGAAUAAGUGGUGUAAUCAGGAUUACUAUGAACGUAAAAUUUGCUAACUAAAGGGAACGUUAUAAUAGGG